GCGGACGUGGGUGGGGGAAGGGAGGGAGGGAGCAGAGAACUAAGCCGCCGCCGCUGCCCUCGCACUUCCCCGGGAAGACAAGCAGAGGCCGGAGAGUUGGUGCACGGUUACGACGAGAAUGGCAAUGGCGAGCGGACUACCAAGACGAAUCACCAAGGAGACCCAACGUUUACAUGCAGAGCCAGUGCCUGGUAUAAAGGCAGAAGCAGAUGAAUUCAAUGCACGCUACUUCCAUGUUGUUAUAGCUGGCCCACAAGACUCCCCAUUUGAGGGUGGAACUUUUAAACUUGAACUAUUUCUUCCAGAAGAAUAUCCAAUGGCAGCCCCAAAAGUUCGCUUCAUGACCAAAAUAUAUCACCCAAAUGUAGACAAACUGGGCAGAAUCUGUUUAGAUAUUCUGAAAGAUAAAUGGUCUCCAGCUUUGCAGAUCCGUACAGUACUGCUUUCAAUCCAGGCAUUGUUAAGUGCACCAAAUCCAGAUGAUCCAUUAGCAAAUGAUGUAGCUGAACAAUGGAAAAGCAAUGAAGCCCAAGCCAUAGAGACAGCCAGAACAUGGACUAGGCUAUAUGCCAGUGGGAACAGCAAAUCGAGAUGAAGUUGAUGCACCUUACAGUUCUUGUAACUCUGCCAAGAUCUUUCCUUGUAUUCAAAGAACUGUCUUAGACAACUGCAAAAUAAACCCAGACAAAUAAAAUUCUUGGUGUUUAAAUGCAUAUUAGAGACUAUUUGUCAUGUUCAGAUUCACUAUUAUAGCAUGAGCAGAGUCUAUACUACUUUGCUUUUUCUAUUCCUCCUUAGUUAAUUUGAAAGCAGUGGUGCACCUCAACAACAUUUUUUUCUUAGCAUUGUGAAUGAAAAUAGGCUUAAUUAGCUGCUUUAUUGUAAGUUUUUUUAUUUUUGUGAUGCUGAAAGCAUUUUUGAAAGCAGCUAACGUACACAGUAGAUCAUGCCCUUUGCCAAGACUAGCUUUUUUUAGGUGCAGUAGAUUAAGCAAUAUAGCUGAUAUAGUUCAUCCAGUCAGUAAGGAGAAAGGAAAAUGCAUCAUUAUUGUGACACAAAUAUAGAUCCUGAAAAGCUUGUGACUUUGUAUAGCUUGUCUGGGUAGGGAAUAAGGGAGGGACAGGAAAGGGGUGGUGUGGUUUUGGGGAAGAAAAGACUUCUGUAAGACUUUGAUUUAGUAAACUUUUUUUGCUCUGGCUGGCUGUUGUACUGUGUUAAUCUUUCUGCUGAGAACAAUACAAUUUAAAGAAAACAAAAUCAAUUUUUAGCCAUUUGUUUUCUGUUCAUUAAUGGAAAUACCUUUAAAAAGAUGCGGUGUGUUUUCUUUUUUCAUUUCAAUGCCUCUAGUAUCAUGUUCAGAUCUUGCAUGCAAACACAAUGAAUAGACCAUUUAAGAAGUGCUCCAAGACAGCGAUUUUGUAACAUUGAAACUGCGCGUGUAACCUUCUUUCGAGCUGAUUAGCCUUUAUUAAUGGAGGGUUCGUAUAAUUUCUUCCUGUGAAUUUGACCAUUUGUUUUGGACCUGUGAUCUGUCAGAGCAUGUAAAUAUGUUGUCUAUUUUGACUCUGUUACAUAUUAAAAAGGAAAUUCACAAUGUGAGAAAUAAAAAUUGGGUUUUAGAAAGUU